AUGGCGACUAAUGAACCUCCGAACUUGUUAGAAUGGCAACUGCAUUAUGUUUUAAAAAGAGCGAGCCUUCUUCAGUAUUAUGACAGUUUCAUUAGACAAGGUGAAUGCAAUGUACUGCAGUUAUCUGAAUCAGACGAUGAUAAGUUCAAAGACGUCAUGGAGAAAGUUGGAAUGGCAAAGAAAUCGAUACAUGUGCGACAGUUCAAAAACUCGCUCCUUGAAUGGGUUAAAGAUCCAGGAAAGGACACGCAAGUACCUAGCUACAUAACGAAAGCUCAUAUUUCAACAAUGUCUCCAGGUCCACCCGGGUCGAAGCCUGAUAAAGUGUCACUGUCACAGUCUGAGAAGUCUUCUGUGGUACACAAUUUGCCUCUGACUCAAAGGAAGGAUACACAAGAACAAGAAGGACUAACACUGAUGAAAUCCGAGAAGAUACAAGUCAAUCUGAAAGAAGAAACCACACAAAAACAAACACAAAGUAAAGACAAAGAUCAGGAACACCGAGACCUUACUAGUUACUAUGAUGAAUUAUUAGAUAUCACAGUACUUGACAAGUUGGUUCUAGAUAACCUCAUUUCCAGAUGUAUUAUAAUGAUAGAAGACAGAGAGGAAAUUAUCAAACCAACCACACAACGUGAACGUAACAAGGUUCUACUUGAUAUCUUAAAUGACCGACCAUAUUCUACCUUCCAUUUGUUUAAGGAUGUCCUACAGGAAUCUGAUCCAAACAAUAGUUGUAUCCAAGAGCUUGUCAAGAAAAUGAUGAGUACUGAAAGUAGGGACGAACACAUAAGUUUCCAAGGACAUGAUAUUGUUUUAAAUAAACACAAAGUUAAACUACAAAAGAAUUACAAGAUGUUUGUCCAUGGUGUUGACUCCAAAACAGACAUAACUGACCACCUGUAUUCGUCUGAUGUUUUAAGUACUGAAGAAAAAGAGGAAAUUUGUAAUUCUUUACUCACUCAACAUGAAAGUAAUAGACUUUUAUACAACAAAUUGAUUCGCAAAGGUGGAGAUGCAUACACACACCUUCUUGAAGCUGUAAGACACGGAAAAUACCAGGAUGUUGCUUCAGAAAUGGAGAAGACAGAAUUGUCAGAUCAAGAAAUACAAUUGUGUCAAAUUGAUAUUCUAAUGAGUCACGAUGAAGUUAUACCUAAACAUAUACUUGAGCAGUUUGAAAAACGCUUGGAACAGUGGAAAAAGGAUGAUCAACAGUUUGUUAGCACUGAAGCAGAGAAACAUGUAAUGCAAAAAGUUUUGGCACAAAGUUCAGUAACACUGGUUGGAAAUUCUGGCACUGGAAAAAGUUUUCUUUCUAAACACAUUGCCCUCAUGAUGACGAUACAUGGCUAUACUGUUAUUCCAUGCAGUAAACCAGAAGAUAUUGGAAAAUGGUUUAAACAUGGGCGGAAAACAUUGUUUGUCUUUGAUGAUGUCUGUGGCAGAUAUACUCUUAAUCAACAAAUUUACACUGACUGGAAACAAAGUCUUGAUCACAUAAAAUCUCUUCUUGUAGACAAAUGUUGUAAAAUCAUCUCUACAUGUAGAUUGGAGGUUUACAAAGAUGAACUAUUUAGUAAUCUCUCUAUUUUCAAAAUGUGUAACAUCGAUUUAAGUUCAGACGAAUUCAAACUUAGUGCUGCUGAAAAAGUUGCUUUAGCUGAAGUGUACUUUAAAGAAAAUACUGAUGAAGUAAAGGAAUUGUCCGAAAAAUAUGACUUUUUCCCUCUUUUAUGUAGCUUAUAUCAUAAACAGAACCUCCAGAAGAAUGUUAGCGUUACCUCUUUUUUUAGCAAUCCUUUUGAAGUUUUCAAAGAUCAACUUGUACAAAUGUAUGGAGAAAGUGAUGCUGGUAAGAUGCAGUAUUGUAGCUUAGUCCUUUGUGUAAUGUUUAACAACACAUUAACAGAAGAAAACUUGUCACCAAAAGAUAAGAAGAUAGGAGCAAUGAUAGAAGAUUUACUAGAAGAAUGUGAACUGAAUAAAGGAACAUCUAUCAAACGUUUAAAGAAAUCACUGGAAAUACUUGAAGGUACCUAUGUAUUCAAGGAAGAUAAUAAUUACAAAAUAAUCCAUGAUAAGUUGUUUGAUUUCCUUGCCAAAUACUUUGGGGAGAAGAUGUUACAGAUUUUUAUUGAUCAUGCUAAUACAGGUUUAAUUAGAGAGAGAUUUCUUUGGAAGAUAACAGAUAACAUGGGCACAGAAAUAGAGUUUGUAAUAAUGAUAACUGAUAAAUAUAUAAAUAGAUAUAUAGAUAGGUUACUCAAAGACUGGGAGAACGGUUAUGUAUACAGUGUAUGUCACAACAGAAACAUGAAGUCUACAACAUUUACUGAAAACUUAGUAACUCAUUUAAACCAACUUGAUCUAUCAAAGCAACAAGAACUUGUUUGUACUAAAGAUAUUCACAGUAAAGAUAUAGCACUAGGUGGAAGUUGUUAUAUGGGUACUAUUGACCUUGUCAAAUGGUUGAUCAGUAGGAAUAGUGAUGUUAAUUAUUGUACAGAGAAUGGUUGGUUUCCUUUAUUAUGGGCUAGUCAGGAAGGACAUGUUGAUGUUGUUAACGAACUGUUACAACGUUCAGCUGAUGUUAAUAAAUGUAACAAUAAUGAUGCAUCACCUCUGUAUAUAGCAAGUCAGGAAGGAUAUGUUGAUGUUGUUAAAGAACUGUUACAACAUUCAGCUGAUGUCAAUAAGUGUAACAAUAAUGGUGCAUCACCUCUGUCUAUAGCAAGUCAGGAAGGACAUGUUAAUGUUGUUAAAGAACUGUUACAACAUUCAGCUGAUGUCAAUAAGUGUACCAAUGAGGAUGCAUCACCUCUGUCUAUAGCAAGUCAGAAUGGACAUGUUGAUGUUGUUAAAGAACUGUUACAACAUUCAGCUGAUGUCAAUAAGUGUAACAAUAAUGAUGCAUCAUCUCUGUAUAUAGCAAGUCAGAAUGGACAUGUUGAUGUUGUUAAAGAACUGUUACAACAUUCAGCUGAUAUCAAUAAGUGUAACAAUAACAUAUCACCUCUGAAUAUAGCAAGUCAGAAUGGACAUGUUGAUGUUAUUGCUUGUUACAACAACAUGAUGGAGGUUGUACAUGUACUUCUUCAGUGUCAUGAUGUUGAUGUUGAUCUCUGUGAUGAUGAUGGAUGUUCCUCACUUUAUUGGGCAAGUAAAAAUGGACAUGUUAAUGUUGUUAAAGAACUGUUAAAACAUUCAGCUGAUGUCAAUAAGUGUGACUUUAGAGGUAAAAAUUCUCUAAAUGUAGCACAGGAGAAAGGACAUAUAGAAAUAGAAUCAUUGUUAAAGGGAAAAGGAUUAAAUCAACUUUUAUGUCAAAAUGAGCAAUUCAAGUGA